AUGUCUGCUAUUUUCGAUGACAUGUUCGAUGUUAAGAACAUCGAUGAUGAGAAGUUUGACCGGGUAUCUCGAAUCAAGGCGCAGUCACACACUUACAAUGCAGAGAUUGAGGUUGACAUCAACACCGAGAUCUACCCAAUCGGCAGCAGCGACACGUUGCGAAUCGCUAUUGCCUCGGCCGCUGACGCCAAUGAGGGCUACCAGGGAGAGUCUGCCCAGCCAGGUAUUAUUGACGAUUACGAGUAUGCUAUGUACGGCAAGGUUUACAAGAAGAUGAACAAGACUGUGGGAACUGAGACCGUUGCUUCGCGCACUAUCAUAUACGUCUCUUUUGGUGGACUUUUGAUGAAGUUGGAGGCACAGAGGAGCGAUGUGGACGAGUCUAUUCGUCUCGAUGAUCGUCUCUACCUCCUCAUCAGGAAGGUCUAUUGA